AACGGAAGAAACAAGAUGGCGGCUGAAGGCGAUCCGCAGUGGGGCCCCAGCCAUUCGGAUUGAGCCUUCUCCCUCCAACCGCUUCCGCAGGCCGGGCCCCUCCUGCCCUGCCCCUCUGGCCUCCCCACCCGGCCCCGGCCGCCCCCACUGCGCCCAUUGCGCCCGCCCCUUCCCGGCCGCUUUCCCUUCUCCCUCCGCCUCGGCUCCAAAAUGAGGGGCCGGCGGGGCAGGCCGACCAAGCAGCCCGCGGCUCCCUCUGCGGAACGCUGCGCCCCGGCCCCGCCGCCGCCGCCGCCGCUGCCCACGUCCGGACCCAUCCGGGGUUCCGCUCGCGGCAACGCGGUAGCAGCCGGGGCAGGUGGGCCGCCGCCAGGCUGAGGUGGCGCCCAAGACGCGGCUGAGCUCGCCCAGGAUGGGCGGCAGUAGCCGGAGAAAGCCGCCACCGCCGCCAGCCCCACCCCAGCACCAGCGCCCCGGCCGGGGAGAGGCGGGGGCAGCCACCUGGCCCGGACGGCUGCGGUCCGGACGGCCGUCAACAAAGUGGUGUAGGAGGACGCCAGUUACUGCACGGAAAGCAGCGUCAGGAGCCAUAGUACCUACAGCAGCACUCCAGUACAGAUGGGGUUUCACCGUGUUGCCCACGCUGUUCUUGAACUCCUGAACUCAGGCAAUCCACCGGCCUCAGCCUCCCAAAGUGCUAGGAUUACAAGCAUGAGCCACCUGGCCUGGCCCAAAUCUCACUCUGUCGCCCAGGCUGGAGUACAGUGGCAUGACCUUGGCUCACUGCAACCUCUUCCUCGGUUCAAAUGGCCAGGCUGGUCGUGAACUUCUGACCUCAAGUGAUCCACCCUCCUUGGCCUCCCAAAGUGCUGGGAUUACAGAUCAUCUAUCCUGUAUUGUAUGCCAAGAACUGUGCUUUGUUCUGGGAAUGAAAAAAGAAUAAGAUAUGUUUUCCUUUGGCACUUAUGGAGCUUAUAAACCAGUGACAGAGGAAGGCUGAAGUGCAAUGUUGCGAUCUCGGCUCACUGCAACCUCUGCCUGCCAGGUUCAAGCAAUUCUCCUGCUUUGGCCUCCUGAGUAGCUGGGAUUGCAGGUCAGUUGCUCUCCCUGGAAGGAAGAGUGUUCUCGGAUUUCACCUUAAAGGAGGAAGGCUGCCAGAACUGAACUAGCACUUCUGAAUAUCCUGAGGCGAGGUCCGGUGACUUCCUUGGGAAGCUCUGCCGCGCCCCCACCCCACCCUACCCCACCCUACCCCACCACAGCAGGCGCUGGAGUCCUGGGACCACCAGGGUCUGAGGCCCAAAUCCUUCCUCACUAAGGGGAGGAGAGGGGUGUUCCGGCAGGGCAGGAUGGGAAGGCGUGCUUGGGCGGGAUUGUGACAUGAGUGCCCUGGUGACAUGGAGCAGAUCUGUGGCAUAAAUAAAGGUGUCAUAAAGACAGGGCGGGGCUCAUGCUUAUAAGUGGCACAAGCGUCUCGGAGCUGCCAGAAUGACUUCCGCUCAGUGCCUGGCACUAGCAUGUGUCAUGUCCCGGCUGCGUUUCUGGGGCCCAUGGCCCUUCCUAAUGUGGCAACUAUUGUGGCCACUAGUCAAGGAGGCUCAGCCUCUGGAGUGGGUCAAGGACCCGCUCCAGCUGACCUCUAACCCCCUGGGCCCGCCUGAGCCCUGGUCUUCCCACUCCUCCCAUUUCCCACAGGAAUCUCCCCAUGCGCCUACUCUCCCAGCAGACCCGUGGGACUUUGAUCACCUGGGGCCCUCUGCUUCCUCAGAGAUGCCAGCCCCACCCCAGGAAUUGACUGAAAAUUUGGUUCCAUUCCUGGACACCUGGGAUUCAGCUGGAGAGCUGCCCCUGGAGCCAGAGCAGUUCUUGGCUUCACAGCUGAAGAAAGAUCCAGCUCAGCAUUGGAGCCUUGCUGAGAUUAUUGGAAUUACACGCCAAUUAUCCACACCUCAGAGUCAGAAACAGACUUUGCAGGAUGAAUAUUCCAGUACGGAUACACCGUAUCCUGGUAGCCUGCCUCCAGAACUCCGGGUGAAGUCAGAUGAGCCUCCAGGGCCCUCUGAGCAAGUUGGACCUUCUCAAUUCUAUCUGGAGCCCGAAACUCAAAAUCCAGAGACCCUUGAAGACAUCCAGUCCUCUUCACUCCAGCAAGAAGCCCCAGCACAGCUUCCACAGCUCCUUGAGGAGGAAGAACCUUCUUCAAUGCAGCAGGAGGCCCCAGCUCUGCCUCCAGAGUCCUCUAUGGAGAGUCUAACUAUACCGAAUCAUGAGGUGACAGUUCAACCUCCAGGUGAGGAUCAAGCUUAUUAUCACUUGCCCAACAUUACAGUUAAACCUGCAGAUGUGGAGGUUACCAUAACUUCAGUGCCUACCAAUGAGACAGAAUCUUCCCAAGCCCAGCAGGAGGCCCCAGUUCAGUUUCCAGAGGAGGUGGAACCUUCUGCAACCCAACAGGAGGCCCCAAUUGAGCCUCCAGUUCCUCCUAUGGAGCAUGAACUUUCCAUCAGUGAGCAGCAGCAGCCAGUUCAGCCUUCUGAGUCUUCUAGGGAGGUCGAAUCUUCUCCGACCCAGCAGGAGACCCCAGGUCAGCCUCCAGAACAUCAUGAAGUCACAGUUUCACCUCCAGGUCACCAUCAAACUCAUCAUUUAGGUUCACCCAGUGUCUCUGUGAAGCCUCCAGACGUGCAGCUCACCAUAGCAGCAGAGCCUAGUGCAGAGGUGGGAACUUCUCUAGUCCACCAGGAGGCUACAGCUCAGCUCUCAGGGUCAGGUAAUGAUGUAGAACCUCCCGCCAUCCGGCACGGGGGCCCACCUCUGCUUCCAGAGUCAUCGGAAGAAGCUGGACCUUUAGCAGUUGAACAGGAGACUUCAUUUCAAUCUCCGGAACCUAUUAAUAAUGAGAACCCCUCUCCAACCCAGCAGGAGGCUGCAGCUGAGCAUCCACAGACCGCUGAGGAGGGUGAGUCUUCCCUAACCCAUCAGGAGGCCGCAGCUCAGACUCCGGAGUUCCCUAAUGUAGUUGUAGCUCAACCUCCAGAGCAUUCACACCUGACUCAAGCCGCAGUUCAACCUUUGGAUCUGGGGUUUACCAUCACUCCAGAAUCCAUGACAGAGGUUGAACUUUCUCCAACCAUGAAGGAGACGCCAACUCAGCCUCCUAAGAAAGUUGUACCCCAACUUCGAGUAUAUCAAGGGGUAACAAAUCCAACACCAGGUCAGGAUCAAGCUCAGCAUCCAGUGUCACCCGGCGUUACAGUUCAACUUUUGGACCUGGGACUUACCAUCACUCCAGAACCCACUACGGAGGUUGGACAUUCUACACCCCCGAAGAGGACUAUAGGUUCUCCAAAGCAUCCUGAGGUGACACUUCCACAUCCAGACCAGGUUCAGACUCAGCAUUCACACCUGACUUGAGCCACAGUUCAACCUUUGGACCUGGGCUUUACCAUCACUCCAAAAUCCAUGACAGAGGUUGAACCCUCUACAGCCCUGAUGACUACAGCUCCUCCUCCAGGACACCCUGAGGUGACACUUCCACCUUCAGACAAGGGUCAGGCUCAGCAUUCACACCUGACUCAAGCUACCGUUCAACCUCUGGACCUGGAGCUUACCAUAACUACAAAACGUACUACAGAGGUUAAACCAUCUCCAACCACGGAGGAGACCUCAACUCAGCCUCCAGACUUAGGGCUUGCCAUAACUCCAGAGCCCACUACAGAGAUUGGACAUUCUACAGCCCUGGAGAAGACUACAGCUCCUCAUCCAGAUCAGCUUCAGACUCUGCAUCGAAAACUGACUGAAGUCACAGGUCCACCUACUGAGCUAGAACCUACUCAGGAUUCAUUGGUGCAGUCUGAAAGUUACAUCCAAGAUAAGGCUUUAACUGCACCAGAGGAACACGAGGCCUCCACAAGCACCAACAUAUGUGAGCUCUGUACCUGCAGAGAUGAGAUGUUGUCAUGUAUUGAUCUCAACCCAGAGCAGAGGCUCCGCCAAGUGCCUGUGCCAGAGCCCAACACCCACAAUGGCACCUUCACCAUCUUAAAUUUCCAAGGAAACUAUAUUUCUUACAUUGAUGUAAAUGUGUGGAAAGCAUACAGUUGGACCGAGAAACUAAUUCUCAGAGAAAAUAACUUGACUGAAUUACACAAGGAUUCAUUUGAAGGCCUGCUAUCCCUCCAGUAUUUAGAUUUAUCCUGCAAUAAAAUACAGUCUAUUGAAAGACAUACAUUUGAACCACUACCAUUUUUGAAGUUUAUAAAUCUUAGUUGCAAUGUAAUUACAGAACUCAGCUUUGGAACAUUUCAGGCCUGGCACGGAAUGCAGUUUUUACAUAAGUUAAUUCUCAAUCACAAUCCUCUGACAACUGUUGAAGAUCCAUAUCUCUUUAAAUUGCCAGCAUUAAAAUAUCUAGACAUGGGAACAAUGCUAGUCCCACUUACAACACUUAAGAACAUUCUCAUGAUGACUGUUGAACUGGAAAAACUGAUCUUACCUAGCCAUAUGGCCUACUGCCUCUGCCAAUUUAAAAACAGCAUUGAGGCUGUCUGCAAGACAGUCAAGCUGCAUUGCAACAGUGCAUGUCUGACAAACACCACACAUUGUCCUGAAGAAGCAUCUAUAGGGAAUCCAGAAGGAGCGUUCAUGAAGGUGUUACAAGCCCGGAAGAAUUACACAAGCACUGAGCUGAUUGUUGAGCCGGAGGAGCCCUCAGACAGCAGUGGCAUCAACUUGUCAGGCUUUGGGAGUGAGUAGCUAGACACCAAUGACGAGAGUGAUGUUACCAGUACACUAAGUUACAUCUUGCCUUAUUUCUCAGCGGUAAACCUAGAUGUGAAAUCACUGUUACUACCGUUCAUUAAACUGCCAACCACAGGAAACAGCCUGGCAAAGAUUCAAACUGUAGGCACAAACCGGCCGAGAGUGAAUAGAGUCCUCAUGGGCCCAAGGAGCAUCCAGAAAAGGCACUUCAAAGAGGUAGGAAGGCAGAGCAUCAGGAGGGAACAGGGUGCCCAGGCAUCUAUGGAGAACGCUGCCGAAGAAAAAAGGCUCGGGAGUCCAGCCCCAAGGGAGCUGGAACAGCCUCACACACAGCAGGGGCCUGAGAAGUUAGCGGGAAACGCCGUCUACACCAAGCCUUCGUUCACCCAAGAACAUAAGGCAGCAGUCUCUGUGCUGAAACCCUUCUCCAAGGGCGCGCCUUCUACCUCCAGCCCUGCAAAAGCCCUACCACAGGUGAGAGACAGAUCGAAAGACUUAACCAACGCUAUUUCCAUUUUAGAAACUGCAAAGGCUAGAGUUACAAAUAUGAAGACUUCUAAACCAAUCGUACAUUCCAGAAAAAAAUACCGCUUUCACAAAACUCGCUCCCGCAUGACCCACAGAACACCCAAGGUCAAAAAGAGUCCAAAGGUCAGAAAGAAAAGUUAUCUGAGUAGACUGAUGCUCGCAAACAGGCUUCCGUUCUCUGCAGCGAAAAGCCUCAUAAAUUCCCCUUCACAAGGGGCUUUUUCAUCCUUAAGAGACCUGAGUCCUCAAGAAAAUCCUUUUCUGGAAGUAUCUGCUCCUUCAGAUCAUUUUAUAGAAAACAAUAAUACAAAAGACACAACUGCAAGAAAUGCCUUUGAAGAAAAUGUUUUUAUGGAAAACACUAACAUGCCAGAAGGAACCAUCUCUGAAAACACAAACUACAAUCAUCCUCCUGAGGCAGAUUCCGCUGGGACUGCAUUCAACUUAGGGCCAACUGUUAAACAAACUGAGACAAAAUGGGAAUACAACAACGUGGGCACUGACCUGUCCCCCGAGCCCAAAAGCUUCAAUUACCCAUUGCUCUCGUCCCCAGGUGAUCAGUUUGAAAUUCAGCUAACCCAGCAGCUACAAUCCCUUAUCCCCAACAACAAUGUGAGAAGGCUCAUUGCUCAUGUUAUCCGGACCUUGAAGAUGGACUGCUCUGGGGCCCAUGUGCAAGUGACCUGUGCCAAGCUCAUCUCCAAGCUCAUCUCCAGGACAGGCCACCUGAUGAAGCUUCUCAGUGGGCAGCAGGAAGUAAAGGCAUCCAAGAUAGAAUGGGAUACGGACCAAUGGAAGACUGAGAACUACAUUAAUGAGAGCACAGAAGCCCAGAGUGAACAGAAAGAGAAGUCGCUUGAGUUCACAAAAGAAGUUCCAGGAUAUGGCUAUACCAAAAAACUCAUCUUGGCAUCAAUUGUGACUGGAAUACUAACGAUUUUGAUGAUACUUUUCUGCCUCAUUGAGAUCUGUUGUCACCGAAGGUCAUUACAAGAAGAUGAAGAAGGAUUCUCAAGGGACAGCGAAGCCCCAAUGGAGGAGGAGAGUGAAGCCCUGCCAUAGGAGGAGAACCCAGCCCACCUCAGGCCUCCUGCAAAAAUACAUAGCAUAAACAACAGCCAUCAAAAAGAAAAGCAGGACUGAAGCCAGCGGCCCACACAUCCACAGAGGCAGCGGGCAGAGCAAGCACAGGGCCAUCGUUCCAGCCCUUGUUUCCCAGUCUAAUUAGUCACCCAGACCUGAAAACAUAUCCUUAGGGGGUGGAGAUUUUACAAUUAAAUCACAUUGUUUUUGGUG